GGGGUAGCCGUAAGGAUCAGGGCACUCCUUCGAUCCCAGCUGCCAGUCCCUCUACCCAAGCUGUUGUGUAGGAGGGAGGGACGAGCAAUCCUCAAGUGGCCACCUUUGUUUAGGAACUUAUGGCAGAGAUAAGACGCCAAGUAUCUCCUGCCACAACUGUACCACCUCCAUCCCCGGUAGUCUCCACUCCUCUGGCCCCUGCUCCAAUUUCCCUUAUUCCUAUUUCUUCUACUCUUGCGGUGUCUAGCUGGAAGAUCUAUACAGAAUUCCAGAAGUUGGUGACUGAGAGAUUUGAUGGUACCGCGGGUUUCGAUUACAUGCUUACUGGGAAGGCAUUAACUUGGUGGGAGAGUUAUCUGAAGCUACAUCAAGGAGAGCUUGAAUUGAGCACCUGGGAUGGUUUCAAGAAGGUGUUCAUGCAAGAAUACAUACCAGAUAGCAGAAGGCAAGAACUGCAAAGGGCAUUUGCAGAAUUAAAGCAAGGGUCAGGUACUGUUGAGCAGUACAAAGAGGAGUUUGAUCGCUAUCUGCCUUUUGUGGGUAGUCAAGUUGGCGAUAAGCAAGCCAAGGCUGACAAAUUUCUGGCCAUAGACCAAGAAAAGGCUAUGGCUAGAGUCAAGUCCUCAGGACAGCACAAUGGUGGGUCAUCCUUGGGGAAGAGAAAAUUUGAUGGGAGCCGUAGGUCCCUCGUCCUUACACCACCUAAGUCUGAGGUCAGCAAGGGUUCUAAAUGGUCAAGAGCCACCAAGACUAUGAGCCAAGCAUCAACGGCCCAAUGUGCUCGUCGUACUCAGCUUAUUUGCCAUGUUUGUGGGAAGGUAGGGCACACCCGGGAUCAAUGCCACAUUGUUACUGGGGCUUGCUUCAAAUGUGGCAAGCAGGGACAUCGGAUUGCAAAUUGUCCCCUAUUAGACCCCAAAGCUCAGAGUACUCAACCUACCUCUCCGCAGAGUUCUACCACUACGGCCACCGACGUAAUCACGGGUACCUUGCCUGUUAACUUUGAUUAUGCGCAUGUUUUAUUUGAUUUGGGUGCAUCGCACUCUUUUAUUGCUCGAUCUUAUGCUUUGAAACGAGCUUUGCCUGUUGAUACCUCUGAUUGUGAACUGCAUGUGGACACCCCUUUAGGAGGGGUGCUGACUACUAGGGAGGUUCAGAAAUAUCUUGUAAAUGGUUGCCAGGGUUUUCUAGUCUCCGUUACUGAUGCUAGUAGUGUGACAUCAAGACUAGAAGACAUACCAGUGGUGCGUGAGUUUCCAGAUGUAUUUUCGGAGGAUCUCCCAGGUUUACCUCCGGAUAGAAAGGUUGAAUUUGCUAUUGACCUUGUUCCUGGCACCGGACCCAUUUCCAAAGCACCAUACCGUAUGGCUCCUGCAGAACUGAAGGAGUUAAAAGUCCAGCUGGAGGAACUCCUUGAGAAAGGGUUUAUACGCCCUAGUGUGUCACCUUGGGGAGCUCUAGUGUUGUUCGUCAAGAAGAAGGAUGGGAGCAUGAGGCUAUGCAUUGAUUACCAGGAAUUGAAUAAGGUGACUGUGAAGAACCGGUAUCCCCUUACUAGAAUUGAUGACUUGUUUGACCAGCUCAAGGGUGCUCAGACUGCCUUUCGCACUUGUUAUGGUCAUUAUGAAUUCAUAGUCAUGCCAUUUGGCUUGACAAAUGCCCCUGCCAGAUUUAUGGAUUUGAUGAAUCGGGUGUUUAGCAAGUACCUAGACCAAUUUGUGGUUGUCUUUAUUGAUGACAUUUUGGUCUAUUCUUCUAGCCAUGCUCUUCAUGAGAAGCACUUAAGGACAGUUCUCGAGACAUUAAGAAGCGAGAGGCUGUUUGCUAAAUUUAAGAAGUGUGAAUUUUGGCUAGAUAAUGUUGCAUUCCUAGGUCACGUUGUGACUAAGGAUGGAAUCUCUGUUGACCCCCAGAAGAUUGAGGCCGUGGUUGAUUGGAAAAGGCCAAAUAGUGUUGCAGAAAUCCGUAGUUUUCUGGGAUUGGCUAGUUAUUACCACCGAUUUGUGGAGGAUUUCUCUAGAAUUGCUCUGCCAAUGACUCGUCUUAUCAGGAAGGACAUCAAGUUUGAGUGGACUCCAGAGUGUGAGAAGAGCUUUUUGACCUUGAAGGAGAAGUUGGUCACUGCUCCUGUACUUGCACUUCCAAUUAAUGGGGAAAGAUUCACUAUAUAUAGUGAUGCCUCUAAAAAGGGUUUGGGAUGUGUCUUGAUGCAGAAGGAUGGGGUUAUUGCAUAUGCUUCCCGGCAGUUAAAGUCUUAUGAAGAAAAUUACCUUACCUAUGAUCUGAAGUUGGCAGCUGUAGUAUUUGCACUCAAGAUCUGGAGGCAUUAUUUGUAUGGUGAGGCUUAUGAAAUCUUCACCGAUCACAAGAGCCUUAAGUAUAUUUUCACACAAAAGGAGCUUAAUAUGAGGCAGAGGCGAUGGCUUGAACUUUUAAAGGACUACGACUUGACCAUUAACUACCAUAUGGGCAAAGCUAACAAAGUAGCAGAUGCGUUGAGUAGGAAGUCCUCUGGCAUUGCCUCUAGCAUCCUUGCCACUCAGAAGGAGUUACUUGAGGAUCUUGUGAAGCUGGAUGUGGAGUUGAGAGUGGACAGUACUACGGCUUAUCUAGUUGCUCUCAGUGCACAACUGGCAUUAAUAGAUAGAAUUAAACUUGGCCAACAAAAAGAUCCCUUCUUGCAGAAGAUGAAGGAAAAAGUAAGAGCUGGGGAAACCCACAUGCAAGAAUUUAGGAUUUCUGAUGAUGAGACUCUGUGGUUUGGUAGCACCAAGAUGUAUCGUGAUUUGCGUAGUACAUUUUGGUGGCGGAACAUGAAGAGGGAGAUAGCUAGGUUUGUCUCACAAUGCCUGACUUGCCAAAAAGUUAAGGCUGAACACCAGAGACUUCCUGGAAAACUGCAGCCUUUACCUAUUUCCCAGUGGAAGUGGGAGAACAUCACCAUGGACUUUGUGACUGGCUUACCACGAACCUUAAAGCGUAAUGAUUCCAUCUGGGUCAUCGUUGAUCGAUUGACCAAAUCAGCUCACUUCUUACCUUACCAGACUGGCACCUCCAUUGAAAAGCUUGCCAAUAUGUACAUGGAGCAGAUAGUCAAGCUGCAUGGAGUCCCGAUGUCUAUUGUGUCAGAUAGAGAUACCAGAUUUUUAUCUCAUUUCUGGACAAGCUUGCAGUAGGCACUUGGUACUCAGUUAAAUUUUAGCACGGCCUUCCACCCUCAAACUGAUGGGCAAUCUGAGAGAACUAUUCAGAUACUUGAGGACAUGUUGAGGGCUUGUGUUCUAGAUUGGAAGGGUUUGUGGGAUCAACACUUAUCCAUGGCUAAGUUUGCAUAUAAUAAUAGUUAUCAAUCUAG